CAUCAAAGAUGGCGGCCCCCAGCGACCAUCCAGCUCUCUGCCAGGGCGGAAAUAGAGCGCGUAGCGUCGCCGCCAGAACCCCUUCCGGGGGUGGCCGCUUAGGAAGUGAUUGUUCGUUCAAAGAGUGGCGGGCUGGGGCGGCGGGCAGGACGGAUCUGCGCGCUGAGGCGUUCUCUCAAAUGUGGAUGGAAAGUGGAAUGUUGUUUGAGCUUCUGAUUCCCGUGAAGUGUUGAACGUUGCUAUUCAUAGUGUGAUGUACGCAGAGCUUGGCUUUGGAAGAGGCCUUUUCUACCCUUCCUGCUUUCUCUGAGCAGUUUUCUGCUGAACUGGGCCUUUCCUUUGGAGCUCAGUGACUAUGGGGCCCUCUGAAGAAGAGAAAGAGCGAGACGUGAUCCUGAUCAGUGACGAUGAAGACGACAGCACACAUGGGAACUCAGUUCUCAUAGUGGACCCCUUGGUGAAGACUGCCCUGGAAGAGAAGAAAUGUGAAGAGAUUGUGGAUGAGGAGUGUGAACUAGUGGUUACUUUCUGUAAACAAGCAAAUGUGAUGCCCCAUGCAAGAUAUGACUGUACAUCACACUCAUUUGAACGAAUGGAAUGUGAAACGUGCUCACCCCUUGGAAAAAAUGCUGAUUUUUGUAAUCAGUGCUACUGCUACAUUUGUGAUAAGCUGGCUUCUGAGUGCCAGAAUUGGACAACUUCUUCCCUCUGUCACUGCAAUGCACAUAACAAAAGCAAAUUCUGGAAAGAACGGCGUGAUUUUGCCUUGGCUGGCGUUCUCGUCAUGUUCAAUUUGGAGCUCACAGAUAUCGAUGCAGACCUUCGGCAUGGUGGAAACCUUCUAAUAAGCUUUAUCCAAGAGCUUUCUGUGGAAUAUAAUAAGUAUUUAAUUGGAGUGAGAAUAGCUCCCACAGAGCAAGAAUGCUUUUGUGUCUCAAAGCUGCCUCCUGGCCAGUGUGGUGUCUGCAGAUCACGCAGCACAGAGAUUGUAUACAAGUAUUCUGGAGUUUAUGCACUGGUAACAAGAUUUUUAAAUCAGGCUGAAAGAGAGAGUCCUAAAGCUGCUGCUGUCAUGCUUCUGGGAGCAGCUAGAGAGAUAACCCUUCAUAAAGACCCUGCUAUAAGCUGGCAGAACCUUGGUCAUACUGCUUCACUAAAGCUUGCUGUCCCUUGUUUGUUGCAAAGGAUCACAACACGACUUCAGAAGAUGCUGGUGUUGUGUGACUUCCCAAAAAGUUUAUAUGAGAAAUUUGUUAAUUUUUUUCAGUCCAUCUCGCUUCCAUGUCACUGUUUUGCCUUCUCAAAUAGCUUGAAUGUCGUGCCUUGGGAUCAUGUGUUACUGACCACGGUUUUGAAAGGACAGAACACCACAGGGCAAAGGACACAGAAGGGAAGGAAGACGUUUCUGUGGGAAGUGCUUCCUGUCAUAGAGGCUCGAGUGGAGAAACUGGUAGAAAAUACAAACUAUAAAGAAGUUGUUCGCUACCUGAGAGCUGUGAAAUGCAAUGACACCAAAGGGCUAAGAGACCUUCGAGAUAAAAUCCCAUUCUAUUUGUGUAAAACUGGAGACUUCAUUGAUGCUACACAUUCACUGUUGUUUCCCAUCAAUAGCCUUGCGUGCUGCACUGCGUGCCGACUAACUCCUCUUCAGUUUGAGGUCUACCUGAAGAUAUUCAGAACAGGCAGUGUCCCUGCUGGGAAGGAUAUUCAGGACCCUGGGCCCUGGGUUACUGUUGGCAAGUGAUUUUUUUAUUAUUAU